AUGGGUUUCCCUGUUGGGGAAGAAGCCAUCCCCUUGUUCCGCUCCCUGUCCUUCCAAGCACCAGCCACCUUUGACUCAGCACCUGUUCCCGGAGGCAAAGUAUGGGCUGAUGUGACAGAAAGGCCAGAGAAUGUGCAGCUCGAGGACCAGGCUUUGUCCGAGCUUUCCCUUUCGGGGCCAGGGACAGAAGAAAGCACGGAUCCAAGCAGCACAGCUGAUCUGCCCUCUUCCUGGUCCCAGAGAAGUGGGCUGCAACGAAGUAAGCCAGUCUCCAGGUUUUUGGCCAUGCCCCAUGACAUGUGGGAUCUUAGUCCCCCAACCAGGGAGCAGACCCUCGCCCCCUGCAGUGGAAUCGAAGACUCUGAACUGCUGAACUACCUGGGAAGUCCCCCAGACUGA